CGCCGCACUCAACCCAGAGCGAUUCACUGAAGUACGGCGAUUGCCUUCCAUCCACUCCCCUCUCACAUACCGCAAAAACGGGCCAGCGCCGAAAGCGUUAAAGCAGCCGAGUGAAUUUGGUUGAAAGGCGCCUCCCUUUUGAUGUGGUGGUGCUUUAAAUAGCAGGUGUUUAAUAUUGGGAGCAUAUAUCCAGUCUGUUUUAACGCAGUGAGCAGUCCGCACACACAAUGUCAGCUACCGGCACGGAGACGACCGCCCAGCUCCCUCCUCCCGCGGGGAGGGUUUUCUUCCAGGCUGCUCCCGGGGGUGGAGGCUGCGCGGGCACCGGUCCGGUGCCGCGGGAUGACCCGGUCCAGAAGAAACAGGGCAAAGUCACCGUGAAAUACGACAGAAAGGAACUGAGGAAAAGGCUAAUCCUAGAAGAGUGGAUCAUCGAGCAACUUAGCGAGCUGUACGACUGCGAGGAGGAGGAGAUGCCCGAGGUGGAGAUCGACAUCGACGACCUCCUGGAGGUGAACGGCGAGGAUGAGAGGGCCGUGAAACUGCAGGAGUCCCUGACAGACUGCUUCAAACCCACAGACGACUUUGUGAAGGAGCUGCUGGGGCGGAUACGCGGGAUGAGGAAGCUGAGCGCUCCGCAGAAGAAGCCUCUAUAAUGGCCGCCGGCGCCCGCCCCACGCUGCCCGCCGUCCCCCCACACCGGCCCCGGGGCCCCACACUGCCCCCGGGGCCCCACCCCCGCGUGCGGGGCCCCCCCCCCCCGCUUCUUUCUUUAACCGUGAUCGAGGAAAUGUUUGUAUUUUAAAUGUUACAAAAAAAAGAAAAAAAAAAAAAGAAAAUGGCCACUACAUGAAGGACGUUUUAUUUAUUUUCUUUCUCUUAAACUGGUUUUAAUUGUUUUAACUGUUUUUUUGUUUUUGCCAGUAGGUCGAUAUUUAAAGCCUCACACUUUUGGAUUUCAGUUUUUUUUUUCUCCCCCGAUUAAUCUGUUUCUCUGUUUGGUCGAACACACACUGUAACCGCAAGGUGAACGUGUGUUUGCCCAGAGAAAGGGGGGGAAAUGAAAUCGCCCAGGGGGGCUGUGAAUUUUGUUCCAACCAAAAUCCUCUUAGUGGCCUCUUACAGCAGUGCGGUUGGCAAUCAAGAACACCUUUUCAACCGUGUCGCGACGACCGUUCUUUUGUCUUUCCUCCUGCAUAUCACUUUGUUUUACCGCGGCAGUAUGUAGAAAAACCAUUCGUGUAAGAAUUCUUGCCCACAGAUAUCUUUUUUGGGAUUCAUAAAAUGGAUCGCUAAAAGAUGAUGUUCUGUGGGGAAAUGUCAGUUCCAGCUACCCUUUUAAAUUCACAGUGAAGCCAUUAACAAAUAAACACAAAAUGUCAAAAGAUAUUUAACUGGGAUCGGCUAAUGGAUGCUUUGUUAGCCUUUCGCCCUCCCUCUAGUGCGCAGAUGGCAUUACUGCAUGAGCUAUUCAUUUAGUGAGACGGGGGAGGGAUAGUCGCUUCCAGUUGUCAGUCUAAACCUGAGACAGUUGAGGUAGCGAUCAGUGGCUUAACAAUCAGACUAAAUCCAUUCUACCGCCUUUCACUUGGCUUCUGUUGGGCCCGACAAACCCAGGUUAAUAGGUGGUCAGACCGCCUUCGGCUCUUGCUUGGAGUAGUCCAGCGUGUGGCUGCGAAGCCUCUAUGAUUAGUGCUUUCAAAGUCUCCAGCCUUUCAGUGCGACACAACCACAACCACUGUGUACGUUACCUGUAUUAUUAUUAUUAUUAUUAUUAUUAUUAUUUUUAAGUUUAACUGGAACGUAAUUUAAGUUGCCAUCUUAUUCCUGUUCGAUGUAGCUAUUUCUAGCGAGGUUUUUUUUAUUUAUGUAGGCUUAAACAACUGUUACUUUAUUUAGCUUUUUGUCUGCACUUGACUAAGCACAAUUAGCACAAAUAAAUCUAAGUGAUAUAGAGUUCACAAGCCUCUAUAGCUCCAGACCUCAAUCACACCUGUCUUGGGCACUUCAGAAUGUUCCGGAAACUAUGGGGCUGCUACGCCUGGUGGCAAACAGAAUGGAAGAAGCCUGACACCACCCUUGUUUUUUUCGUUUUUAGUUUUCUGUUUUUGAUGCGGUUACGUUAAAUCUUCAGAUUACAAAAAUGCUACCAAUUUAAAUGUCAUUUCUGAGGAAUUGGUGGUCAAUAUUGUUUCAGGAUACAUCUAAAGGCCAGUUACACGCUUGGUGACUGUUGGUUGCGUUGUCUACACCAUCUGGUUUUAAGGCAGGAGAAGAAAAAGCAGAAAGUGCCAUUUCCUGCACUAAGCCCUGAGUAUAAACAAACAGGGGGCAUGAAAUAAAAGGGUACGCUGGCUAAUUUAAGCUAAGAGAAGUGUCUGUCGUUCUCAUUACUGUGUCACUGUACAUCUGUUUAUACUUAGUUACUCAAUAACUUUAGGAAACCAGGAGAAAUAUGGUGCUGUUUUUUGCUUCUUUAUUUAACGGAUUGUUUUCCCAAUACCAGUUAUUUCCAGAGUGUACACUGCUCAUAGACUGUGUAUUGGAAAUAUAAAUAGAGAUCUCUUUAAUAUUUCCUCUGGUAAAAAGAAUUCAGGUAUGUUCAUUUUGUGUAUGAAGAGACUUUCAAUUCAGGGCUUUGAGUGGUUUUAAAAUUGAUGUUAUAAGUGUUUUGAGAGAUGGUAAUGUGUGAGUUUUCAAACCGCCUGGAUUAAGUGUCACGAAAGGAAUAUUUAGACCCAGCUUUUUAUUUAAACUGCCUUUUCCUUUUUAUACCUUAUUAAAGAAACUCACAGAGUUCUGCAGGAUUUGCUUUUCCGUACAUCUGCAAGCGUUUGUUUUUAUUUUAUAAAAAUGUAAUAUGUGUGGUAAUUGAGUUGUUUUGCUGAUAAUAAAGCAGAAUGACACGUCUGUUUUAAAUAAA